UAUGAUGCUCCUAAAGACAUGAGUGCUCUUACACAAGCACAAAAGGAUCAGCUUAAUAGCAUCAAGAAAAAGGAUCAAAAGGCCGUUUCUCUCAUCCACCAAGCAUUGGAUGAGGUUACCUUUGAGAAGGUUUCUAAUGCCACCACAGCAAAGGAGUUGUGGGAGAAGCUUCAAGCUGCCUGUAAAGGAAAAGAAAAGGCAAAGAAAGUUCACCUCCAAAAUUUGAGAGGUGAAUUUGAAGCUGUCCAAAUGAAUGAGACAGAAAAGGUGUCAGAUUAUAUUUCAAGGGUCAUGGGGAUUGCCAACCAGAUGAGAAGGCUUGAUGAAGAGGUGACUGAUUUAAGGAUAAUUGAAAAAAUUCUUAGAUCAGUUACGGAGAAGUUUGAUUAUGUGGUGAUGGCCAUUGUAGAAUCAAAGGACUUGGAAGACAUGACUGUUGAAGAGUUAAGUGGUUCACUUGAAGCACAUGAGGAGAAGCUCAAUAGAAGAAAGAAAGAGCCUGUGGAGCAGAUUCUACAGUCAAGACUUUCUCUGGGUGAUAAAGAACAAAAGGGAGGCACAAGUCAAGGAGGACGAGGUCGAGGUCGAGGCCGUGGACGCAGUCAUGUCGUGGUCGAGGACAUGGAAGAGGAGGAAGAAGUAUUUGGCAACAAUGUGAAAGCCAAUUUCUCUCAAGACGAAGAUAAAGAAGUUAAUGAAGAGGUGGAGACAACUCUCUUGUUGGCCUGCAAAGAUACGAAGAAUGAAGGAAAGCACUCUUGGUACCUUGAUACUGGAGCAAGCAACCACAUGUGUGGAAACAAAGAAUUAUUUGUGGAGCUUGAUGAGAAAGUUGUCGGCAACAUCACCUUUGGAGACUCCUCCAAAAUACCAGUGAGGGGUAAAGGUAAAAUUCUGAUACGCAUGAAGGGUGGAAAUCAUCAAUUUAUCUCAAAUGUUUAUUAUGCACCUGACAUGAAGAGUAAUAUUUUGAGUGCGGGCCAACUGUUAGAAAAGGGAUAUGCUGUUUUCACAAAAGGUUGCAGUUUGUACUUGAAAGAUUCUGCAGGAAGCUUGAUUGCCAAAGUCUCAAUGUCAAAGAAUUGUAUGUUUGCUAUGAACAUACAUACAGAUGUGGCUAAAUGCUUAACAUCUUGUUAUAAAGAUUCUUCAUGGCUGUGGCAUUUGAGAUUUGGGCAUAUGAACUUUGGAGGACUUAAGGCUAUGGCUAGCAAAAGAAUGGUGAAAGGCUUGCCCUCGGUAAUCAACCUGAUCAACUUUGUGAAGGUUGUCUUCUUGAAUUUUAAAGCACUUGUGGAGAAGGAAAGUGGCUUUAAAAUCCAAGCAUUGAGAUCUGACAGAGGAGGUGAAUUCACUUCUAAAGAAUUUCAAGAGUUCUGUGCUGCCAAUGGAGUUCGCCAUUUUCUUACUACCCCAGGAUCGCCACAACAGAACGGAGUGGUGGAAAGGAAAAACAAAACCAUUCUAAAUAUGGCAAGAAGUAUGAUGAAGACCAAGAAGAUGCCAAGAGAGUUAUGGGCUGAAGCUGUUGAGUGCGCAGUCUACUUGUUGAACCGCUGCACAACAAAAGCAAUUGAAAAUAAAACUCCAAUUGAAUUAUGGAGUGGAAGAAAGCCCUCAGUCCAUCACCUAAAGGUGUUUGGAAGCAUUGCAUUUGCCCAUGUUCAUGAUGGAAAGCGCACCAAGCUUGAUGACAAGUGCAAGAAGUAUGUGUUUGUUGGUUAUGACUAUAGAACAAAAGGAUACAGGCUUUAUGAUCCAGAAGGUGGCAAAGCAGUCAUCAGUAGAGAUGUGGAUUUUGAUGAAGAAGCCAUGUGGGAUUGGAAAUCUCAAGAAGAGAAUUAUGAAUUUCUUCCGUCUUUUGCAGAAGAAGAUGAUGAAGAAGAAAGGCAAGAAAUCAUCACUCCCUCAGCAUCACUGUCUCGUGGUGAAAUUUCAUCCCCAGAAGGAAGCUCAAGUGAAGGGCCAUUGCGAACAAGGAGGCUCAGUGAUAUAUAUCGAGAAACUGAAGAAAUUGAAGAAACUAAUGAUGUUACACUAUUUUGUCUUUUUGCAGACAUUGAGCCUAUUAACUUCAAUGAAGCUGCCAAAGAUGAAAAGUGGAGAAAAGCAAUGGACGAGGAGAUGAAUGCAAUUAAAAAGAAUGAUACUUGGGAGCUAGUCACUCUUCCUCAAGGACAUGCUGCUAUUGGAGUGAAAUGGGUGUUCAAAGAGAAGAAGAAUUCUAAAGGAGAGGUAGAAAGAUACAAAGCAAGGCUCGUGGCUAAAGGCUAUAAACAGAAACAUGGCAUUGACUAUGAAGAGGUUUUUGCACCGGUAGCUCAUCUGGAGACGAUAAGGUUGAUAAUUUCUCUAGCAGCUCAAAACAAGUGGAAGAUUUUCCAAAUGGAUGUCAAGUCAGCCUUCCUAAAUGGCUUUCUUGAAGAAGAGGUGUAUGUUCAACAACCUCUCGGCUAUGUUGUAAAGGGUGAAGAGAACAAGGUGCUUAAACUGAAGAAAGCUCUCUAUGGCUUGAAACAAGCUCCAAGAGCUUGGAAUUGUAGAAUCGAUAGAUACUUUCAGAAGAAUGGCUUUGUCAAGUGCCCUUAUGAAUAUGCUCUCUACGUAAAGGUGAGCAAUGGUGGAAUUUUAAUUGUUUUCCUGUAUGUAGAUGAUCUAAUCUUCACAGGCAAUAAUCCAAGGAUGUUUGAAGAAUUCAAAAGGGCAAUGAGCAAUGAGUUUGAAAUGACAGAUAUAGGACUCAUGUCCUAUUAUCUUGGCAUAGAAGUGAAGCAGAUGGAGGAAGGGAUCUUCAUUUCACAAGAAAAUUAUGCGAGAGAGGUGAUUAAAAGAUUCAACAUGAGCAAUUGUAAACCAGUGAAUACUCCGGUUGCCGGUGGCAUGAAGCUGUCCAAGUUUGAAGAAGGUGGAAGUGUGGAUGCAACUCUUUUUCGGAGUUUAGUUGGAAGUUUGAGAUAUUUAACUUGCGCAAGACCUGAUAUUUUGUUCGGAGUUGGAUUGGUUAGUCGAUAUUUGGAGGCUCCUACAACAGUUCAUCUAAAGGCAGCAAAGAGGAUCCUUCGCUAUAUAAAAGGUACUACUGAUUUCGGGUUAAAUUACUUUGCCUCUAAUGAGUUUACUCUUAGAGGUUUCAGUGACAGUGAUUGGGCCGGAGAUAUUGAUGAUAGAAAGUGCACCACUGGAUGUGUGUUUUACAUGGGUGAUACAGCUUUUACUUGGAGCUCGAAAAAACAACCCAUUGUUACUCUGUCAACUUGUGAAGCAGAGUAUGUUGCUCUUAAUUCUUGUGUAACUCAUGCAGUUUGGUUGAGGAAUUUGAUAAAGGAGCUUCAUGUCACACAAAAGGGCUCAACAAAAAUAUAUGUUGACAACAAAUCUUCAAUUGCAUUGGCAAAGAAUCCUCAAUUUCAUGAACGAAGCAAACAUAUUGAUACCAGGUAUCAUUAUGUGCGCCAGUGUGUUGAAGACAAAGUGGUGCAGCUAAUUUUUGUGAAAUCUCACGAUCAGAUGGCAGACAUCCUUACCAAGGCUCUCAAGUUUGAUGAUUUCAAGAAAUUAAGAAGCUGUCUUGGAGUUGGAAAAAGUCAUGUUUAAAGGGGGGUGUUGAAAGGAUAAACAUGCCUUGAAUAUCCAGUUCAUGUAUCUGGUAUGAAUAGUAUUUAAUAAUGUAUCUAGGAGAAUGGGAUUCAUGUAUACCAGUUAAUUAGGAAAGAACCAGUGUUUGUGAUUUAUCUAUAAAUAACUUUGUAAGUUCUUAUUUUCAAUGAAGUAAAUACAGAGAAAUAUAGUCUCCAAACUCUCCUCUCUUCCACUGUAGAAUCCUCAUAAGUCCAGUUAUA